AUGGUUCGCGAUCGGCUGGCUGAGCUGCAGGUAGAAACGGAUCGAGUGGCUCAUGUAAGAUCCAUGCUCAACGAUCUCCAGGACGAUAUAUUCGAGCUAAAACGGAAGCAGGACCAUGUUUUAUCACUACCACUCGUCAAUAUUCAACAUAAAAUGGAGCUCGAGGAACAGAUCAAUCGGAUCAGGCAGAGGACGAAAAAUCUUCAGCCUCAAGUCGCUACACUUGAGGACGAGCUCCGGCAAUUUGAGCGAACCUCACGCUCCAACGUGGAGAUCCGGAUGCGCCGAAAUCAGUGCGACAUGGUCCGGAAAAAGAUGCAGGACGUGCUGCGAUUAUUUAAUGACCAGCAAGUGGACUAUAAGGAGCGAGUAUCGAAACGUGUCAAACGGAGCCUAAAGCUCGCCGGAGAGAACCUGGCCGAGAAUGAGGUCGACCAAAUGCUCAACUCUCAACAACAAAUUUUCUUCCGGGAGGUCAAUCCACUAACCAUAGCUGGUCGGGCAGCUCUUGAAGAUGCAAAACAGCGACAUGGCGAAAUUCUGGAGCUUGAGGAGAGUCUCCAAACGCUGCAAGAGAUGUUCGAGGACAUGUACAUGCUCGUGCAUUCGCAGGGCGAAAUGGUCGAGCGCAUCGACAAAAACGUCGACGACGCCAAGUUCCAAGUGCACGAGGCUGCCGUCAACACCAAGACGGCCGUCGAGUACAAAAAGUCGGCGUUGCGGAAGAAAUGGUUGUGCAUUGCAGCAUUUGUUCUGUUGCUUAUCAUCCUUAUCGCCGUCGCCAUCAUCCUGGCUGUUGUGCUAACCCGGCAGUCCGGUGGAGGGAAUGGGCGU